AUGAGCGAAAGCCAGAACCUAGAAGAGACUCCAGACCAAAGCGCCUACAGACAGCGGCCUAUCAGUCCCAGCCAUGAAUCUCCUACACAUAGCUCGCAACAGGCAGGCUCAGUCACUCCUAAUGCAAGGGCGGAUACUCAAAGAGCUCCAGCUAGUUCUCCGGAUCGCUUCGAUGCAAGAUUUCCCAGAUUUCAACAACCGGCACUAUCACCAAUCCCAAGUACUGGUAUUCAAGAAAUAACGAGGCUUGUAUCCCGCGAUUCCCCAAAUCCAAGAACAUCAAACUCCCCAAACCCAAGGCCAUCACGUAACUCUGCUACACAUCUCCCACCCCCGCAAGUACGUCGACGAUACGGGAGUAUCUAUCUGAGCCCAAGCCCAGAUCCUAAUCGACCUUGGAGAGGAUCGAACACAUCUAAAAAAGGAUCAGUACCCGUCGCGGUGGCGUCUGGGCUCGAUUCCGAUGCUGCCUCACGCAAAUGGUCUCUAGGAGGGGUGGCACCUUUAGAAAAUCCUGCAAGUGCCCAAAACUAUGUCGAACCUGGAUAUGGCAUACUCAAUCCCGCCUACGAGCAGCCUUCCAAUGUUCGUCCUGUCUGGUCAUUGGGAAAACCACUCCCCCACGUUCUCGGGCCUGCCGCCUUACCUUCAAAAAAGGAACUCCAGCGGCAGCAACAGCACCACAGAGAUUAUGAUGAUGACGACGACGAAUCUGGAUUGUAUGAAGACCUUGAAGUUGGGGGAAGACACCAUAGACUUCGUUCUGAUAGCAUCCGGGACAGAGAAAGACGUUUGAUAGAGUCCUACCAGCAAUAUCGUGAGAUUUCACCUGCUAUCUCGCCGUUUUCUGGAACGAGAAGAAGCUCCACCGCGGAACCAGAAGCGCCAAGCCGUCACCAUCGGGUUAAAGAGACGACGAUAUUUGAAGAUGACGAUGAAGAGCUAUCCCACCAAGGGCGAAGGUCACUCCAACAUUCAGAGCUAGAUUUUCCUCACUUGCCUCGAGCAAUCGCAAAUGUCAACCAAGCGAAAGAAGAAGAAAGUCUUGAUCGUCUGCUCCAAGACCAUGUACCUCUCCCCGGAUACUUGGCUGAAGAUCUUGAAGUACACAAUUUUCAUAACUCCUGGGGACCUAUCCGCAAGAGAUUUCGCGGGUUUCUUUCAGAAUUGCUAGGGAUAACACUCCAGUAUACGCUCGGUCUGAGCGUGAAUCUGACCGUUGCAGUUUCUGGGUCGAAUGGGUAUGGUGUUGCCGAGUGGGGUUGGGGCUUCGCAACCAUGGCUGCCGUGUACGUUUCCAGUGGCGCUUCGGGAGGCCAUUUAAACCCAGCCAUAACGAUCAUGCUAUUUAUAUAUAGAGGCUUUCCACGUGGCAAGGUGCCUUCAUUCAUCGUUGCCCAUAUUCUGGGUGCAUUCAUCGCCACUAUGAUCACUUUCGCUCUCUUCCGACGAGGUUUGCUGGAGCUAGCUCUUAUUGAACCACAUGAAGAGUCGUGGUUGUACUUCGAAGGGCGUCAUCGUCCGAACUCAAGAUUGGGAGAGAUGCCACCUGCAAGAGUUGUGCUGAGCCAUUUCAUUACAUACCCUCGAGCGAAUUGGGUGAAUUUUCCUGUCGCCUUUUGUACCGAGUUUCUAGCCGCAACGAUACUGGGUGUAAUCAUCCUUGCGCUGUUGGAUGAUACAAAUACCUCUCCAGGGGCAAAUUUGACUGCAUUCAUCGCUGCACUUGUUGUCACGGUUCUUGGCAUGGCAUUUGGGUACAAUACUGGGUUGGCUCUGAAUCCAGCAAGAGAUCUUGGCCCGCGUCUCGCCCUGGCAUGUCUCGGUUAUGGUACGGAUUCGAGUUUAGGUCAAUCUCUGUGGUCAGACCGCUAUUGGCUCAAAGUGGCAAUACCAGCACCGAUAUGUGGUACCAUUCUUAGUGGCUUCAUUUACGACUCUUUCAUUUUCGGCGGAAGUGAAUCUCCGGUGAAUUGGCCAGCACGGAGAUGGCGGAGACUGUUUGAGUUGUGCUAUACGAAAAUUCUAGUCACGCUGCUGAGAUUGAAACGAAAGUCAAAAGACGUUAAGGACGACUUGGCUUACUUGACAACAACUGAGCCGCAAUAA